UGGGGCGGGGCAGGGGCAGGGGCAGAUCCAAACAAAAGCACAAGGUAUUUGCAUUUGAAGGGAUCGUCCUCACUCAUGGUGAUUUGCUGCACUUCAUCCUCCACCAUUUUCAUUUGGAACUCAAUGAUUUAGGGCUAGCUUUUCUUGAAUAUCCAAUUCUGCAUCCGAGAUCGAAGCUAAUUUUCCAUAUAGUAUCAUUUGCGCGCGCAUCGUAAUGCUAAUUAAUUCGGAUUUCAAUGCAGUGUUUCGCUUUCUUUGAGUCAAUUCUCAGGGCUUUCUUCAAAUUCUUGCGAGUUUGAGAUUCUAUGGUGGCAUUGUGUUCUUUCUUCAUUUGCUGUAAUUCUUCAGUUGGAUUCUGUAAUCUAUGAGGACAAACUACACAUUCGAGUCUACUAACAGUCCAAAGUCAUUCCAGGCCUAUCCAAGGGGCGAUUUUGACUUGGAAUCUGGAAUUGCUAAAAAGGCCCGGAAGCCGAAAAAUAGUGCUUCGAGAAUGAUAAAGUCAAUAGGCAAUAGGUUCAAUCACUAUUAUAAACUUCACCCUCUUGUGCUCAUCUUGGUUUGCUUGUCAAUUGGGAUUACAGUCCUCAUUGUAUUAUCAAUCUCAGAGGGCCAGUUCAAGAUGAUGCCUACUUAUAGAAAAUUGGAUGGAAAUGUGGAUAGUUAUCCCUUCGCUAGAUUUAGAAAUCUUGUAAUGGUAGCGGGGCAUUCGGUUUAUACUAGCAGUAGUUGUGAGAAGGUUGAUAAGGAGGAUUCGUGGUAUUUGGAACCAUAUCAGAAGCAUCCAGGCCAAGCUGCGACUUUUGUUACACAUAUACACAAGGGAGUCGAGAUUGCAGCCAAUGAUGAUGAGGCAUUGCUCUUGUUUAGUGGGGGUGAGACACGGAAGGAUGCUGGUCCGCGAAGUGAAGCUCAGAGUUAUUGGAUCGUGGCCGAGUCCAAACAAUGGUUUGGCGAGCGAGACAGUGUGAGGAGUAGAGCACUGACUGAAGAACAUGCUAGAGACAGCUUUGAGAAUCUUCUCUUCAGUGUGUGUCGCUUCCGAGAGCUCACUGGCGCAUAUCCACAAAACAUAACUGUUGUUGGUUAUGACUUUAAGGAGGAAAGGUUUGUCCAUCUGCACCGCUCGGCCAUUAGGUUUCCUGAGUCCAGGUUCUUCUAUUCGGGCACGUCAUCUACCCAGAAUUCAAGGGAAGCAGCACUGAAAGGUGAAGCUCUAGUGAGAACUCAAUUUCAAGAAGAUCCAUAUGGUUGUAUGGGUUCAUUGUGGCGCAAAAGACUUGGUCGUGAUCCUUUCCAUAGGUCAAUCCCUUAUCCUAAUGGAUGUCCAGAAAUUGAAGGUUUGUUCAGAUACUGUGGAACUGUCCCAUAUCCAGGCUUCCUACCUUGGGCUUAGUAACAUCAUUUCUUAAAAGUUUUGAGUUAUAGAUUAUAGGUGAAAUUCAUACAGCAUACACUCUCUCCACUUGUAAUUGUAUUGUAGAAAAAUAACCAACAGCAAUAACAUGUUGGCUAAAGAAGUUUUUCACUCUGUGGGCACUUUUUGGGAAUUUGGCCAAUGAAUCACUUUGUUACAAA